AAUAUUCGUAACCGCACUAAAACGCGGUUCUAGUAGAAGAUGGGGAUUUGGAAUGCAUUCUUUUAUUUUGUUGUAAUUACAUAUAUGACCGUUACUACUCAACAGGCUAAUGAAACGGGAACUGAAGUAUUCAGCCUGUCAGAGCGUAUGGAGCUUCCACUGCGGUUUUGUAAUGCUAAACAUGCUUCAGUAGACUCAAGACAUGCUUAUGAUCAUUGUAUGAGGAGAUGGAACGAAACAUUUGCAAAGUUUUGUAAGGAUAUGUUAAAUUCCGGUUCAAAAGCAUGUGAACGGUUGAAGAAGAAGAUGGAAAAUGCUAUAGAAAAGUUCAACAUGUUAAGACAAAAGUCAUCCGUAGAACAUUGCGAUGUCGGACGAAAAAAGGAUAAGACUUAUGAUCCAGCUUUUCAGUUCUGUUGCGAAAAUCAUAUUUGGAAGAAACAUUAUCGAGACCACAAAGUUUGCUGUAACAAAUUAGAUACAAAUGGUACAAAAAUCACCUGCUGUAAUGCGAGUGAAAUAGAUUUGUCGACUCUUAAAAAAGCUCGUUGCUGUUAUGGUAACCUCAUAGACGAAAACACAGAGGUAUGUGAUGAAAAAGCUCCUGCCACCAACACUGAUCACUUAAUUACAAUUCCUUUGGUGUCGGCUUCAUCCGCGUCUGCGACUUCCAGACCCUUUCAAACAAUGACGACUGAAUUUUCCUAUUUGGCGACAAAUUCAAAGUUUAAUCAUAAAGAAUCGAUAACACCACUGGAUGCUAACUACAAGGGACGUCCACAACUCCAUCAAAUAGAUCACAACAAGGUUUAUACCAAAGUUUCCUCUAACACCAUUGUGUAUAUAUGUGUAGCAGUUGUAACAGUUACGAUGCUGAUCGUUUUUGUGGUGUUGAUAAAACGAUCCAAAUGUUCAUCAAAAAGCUUGGAAAGGGAAUGUUUUUCAAAGAAAAUAAACACGCAUAGUGAUUGCACAUAUGGUGCUUUGACCACUGGAACAGGUGUGGUAUUUACAAACCGAUCACUUCUGAGGGAUGAAAUAAAUCAAAGGUUUCCCCCUGAAAUAGGUCAGCACCCGGACGUGCGUACAAAUGGCAAACAAACUGUUGCAUGCGCAACGGCUAAUACAACUAUGAUAGAAAUGCGAAACAUGCAUUUCACUGACCUGGUCACUACUCAAACACAAACAGAUACUACAAAAGAAAUUAACAUUAAAAACAGUAUGGGCAGAGAAUUUUGUUUUUCACAUACAUUUACAAUCAGUAACCGUAGUUUGCAAAUGCCUGACUCGGCUGUUAUACUCACGCUGGCAGACGCAGAUAUUGAAGGCAAUUCACUUCAAUGUUAUGCGUCAACAUUUCGUAACCUAUGGGAAAACUAUUUAAAGUUGGAUAAAGUGAUGUCUAAUGAAGAACAAAUUGUCUCCCCUGCUGUCGAGUAUUGCUUCCCUGCAGUUAAACGACUUAAGCAGUUUGCUUGCGUUGUCAUGCCAAUAGGUCGAAGCGGUAAAGACUUCCAUGUGUGGAAAAUUAAGUCCGAUCAAGGGAAGGGAAAAUCGCCUCACCGAGAAGAAAUCCCAGUGAAGAAAUAUGUCGAUAUUACCGACGAUACAUUGGAUGCAUACUAUGAAAUGGUGGAUGGCAAAAUACGUAUAUAUGUGAAAAGUUUUAGCUGGUUAGUGUGUACAGUUUGUAAUUCACGUCAUUAUGGAUUCAACCUGGCGGCGCGCAUUUAUACCAAAACGGAACCACACACUGAAGUGUCUAAACAAGUACGUGUAACAGUUUACAUCCUCGACGGAGUGAGACAGCUGGAGGAUUAUCUCAAGAUUAUAAACGAAGAUGAAUGUAGUCUUAAGCUAUAUCGAAACAUAAAUCUUCCUACUCACGCGUCUCUAGAAGACUCUCUUGCAGUCCACAUGUUGCUACUAAGUGAGUCAAGUAGCACAUGGAAGCCGCUACUGGGAGAUGAGGAGGAUAUGAAUUACAAGGAGGUAGCAGUUCAUAGCAUCACACAGUGUCAUAAAAUCAAGUCAAAUGGACAGCCGUUUUGUAUAGACUGGCAUUAUGUGAGUUUGCCAUACAGUAUUGAAGUGAGUAAAUUCACGUUUCAGUGUGUAAUAAAAGUUUCUGUACUACCACAAUAUCCUGGUGUGAAUAUGGACAUACCUUCUAACAGAUAUAUUAUUAAUGAAGAGGUAGACUUUUCUACCGUGAAGAAACGGGCACGAAGAUCUGAGACCACUGAAAGAAGUAAUGAUAUCGAGCAUCGAAGAAAUCUUUUUCAGCAUCAAGUUAGUGAACCCAGAAGCGCAAUCAACUACGAAGCUCUCGGAGCGCGACCUCGAACUACGAACAGGCAAGGUACAGCCAGAAAUAUUCAAGGAGUUAAUAGUAUUGAUACAGAACGACAAAACAAUGUUCACUUUCAUGGCCGAGAUAUAAACUGCAGCAGCAAUAACUGCCACGACAGCAGGUGCCGAGGUGCAUUACCUAGAGUUUAUAGUGAAUCAGAUGUCGCGGAAUGUGAUGAAACGGGAGGUGUCAGAGGAGAAUUUGAGUCCUAAAUGUGAUAUAGAUAGCCCCAUUAACUGCGUACUGUUUGGUUUUCGUUUAUUAAGAUACACAAAUUACACUGUGUUCAUGAACUUCAAAGCGAAUUUUGCCAUUCAUUGCCUUUUACACUUCACUGGAGAUAAUGUAAACGGUUCACUUUAAUCCAACAUUAGCAUUAUGACAGGUUUACGUUUAAUACUAAUUUUUACGUCAGUUAGCUUACUGAUGGUAAAUGAGAUUUUAAAUGGGUAAGAAAUAGAGUGUUCAAACUUUCAUCAAAACUUAUAAUAGGACCAACUACUGUAUAUACUUUUAGCUGUCAUGCAAGACUCUCUACAAUGCAAGUAGAUUGUUUCGCAUGUCAAUACUGAGCUACUGGAACAUCUGUUUGUCCGCAGGCAUGUCAAUUUCUUUCGUCGCCCCUAAGAAGUAGUAAGAACUUUUCCUUUAAGGAUCUAGCUACACACAUAUGAAUUUAUUCAAAUCAUUUUAUUGUCUAUAGAUGCAAUUUUUGAUCACUGAUUAUAUGAUCGUGUGUUCUGCCCUCUUGUAACAUGUUUUGCUUAAGUUUUUUUUUUGGAUUUAACGUCGCACCGACACAUGAUAUGUCAUAUGGCGACUUUCCAGCUUUAAUGGAGGAGGAAGACCCCAGGUGCCCUCAGUGCAUUAUUUCAUUACGAGCGGGCACCUGGGUAGAACCACCGACCUUCCGUAAGCCAGCUGGAUGGCUUCCUUACAUGAAAAAUUCAACGCCCCAAGUGAGGCUUGAUAUUUGUUUUUGUUUUUUUUAACCCACAUCGAUGAGGGGCAAGUGAUUUGUUUUGCUUAAGUAGCUAUAUAAUGUCGCCCACGACCCUAAAAAAAUAUGCCAUAUAAAUUAUACGGUCUCUCUUACCAAACUCAGAAUUAGGUCUUGAAUCCCCCCUACCCCCACCCCCAACAACACACACACACACAUUAAAAGGUUUAGGUGAACAGCGAUAGUACUUAACUAUUACAUGAUAAAAUUGAACUUCGCUCGAGGGGAGGUAAGCAAUUAGCUUACUUGGUAACUUAUGCCAAGAUCAGUUUCAUAUAUUUGUAUACAUUUUGUAUAUGUAUUUACAUUGUUUAUGUAUGAUUCAUGAAAUUUGAAAUUUAUUUGAAUCAGAAGUAAUUACUUAUACUUAGGUUGCUUUUUAAUGCUUUUUGUUAUAUUGUUACUUUUUAAUGCUUUUUGUUAUAUUGUAUGUAUUUUGCACAUUUUUAAGUUUUGUUGCAAUACAUUUCACCUUACUUCACAUUGUAAUGAUUUGAUAAUAUUAUACAUGAAUUGUACCGAAUGAAGUUUUCUGGUGUAUGUAAGUAGGGUAAUUGUUUUGAUUGAAUCUCUGAUAAUUAAUUGAUGUUGACAUUAAAGCAGUAAAAUACC